GAGUUAAAAGUGUUAAAGGAGUUAAAGGAACUUGGCAGACCGAACGCAAUGUUGGUAGCAAUGGUGUGACAUUGACAAAACAAUGUCAAUGUCAUUAUAUAAUAAUAUAGCUAUAACCUAACUUUUAUGACAUUUUUAAUAAAAUUCUCGUCUGAAAGGCAUUAGAUUGGUUUUAGAAUGGGUAAUUCCAUGGGAAAUACGGUCAACAAUGGCUUUAAUUUAUAUUUUCACCCUGAAAUUACGCCAAGUCCAUUAGAAGAACCAACAUUCGAUCCCUUGGAGGGAUUCGACAGUGGUCGCAAAAAGAGGGUUAUGAUUGCAACGGAGGAAGAAAUGAGGUCAGCUAAGAUACCACUAGAAGAUAGAGACUAUUGUGCACAUCUAUUAUUAAAGUUUCGUGAUUGUCGGAAAGCAAAUUGGCCGUUUGCAGCGAAGUGCCAUCAUGAAAAACAUGAAUACCUUGACUGCCAAUAUGAUGAUUUUGUUAUAAGAAUGAAGGAAUACGAACGUGAAAGAAGAUUAAGAGUAAAAGCUGCUGCAUAAAAGCAAUUUGUAAUUAUUUGUAGAUAUCGUUUUAGUAAAUUUAUUAUUUGUGAACAAUUUAAAUAAAGAAAAUUACCUAAAA